AUGAUCUAUAAUGUUGCUCCUGAAAAUAGACGUGAGAUGAGAGACCUUGUCUCAAGUGUUAUUGAUGGGAUGCUUAUUCCACGAAAGAUCCUGUCACUGAUAGUGCUAAACAGAAUAGAGAGAGCUGUGGAAAACUUCACCGGACCGUUCCAAGCUGCCUACAAAGCUGGCAAGAGCUGUGCCGACCUAUUUUGGGCACAGAGCAUGCUCAUAUCUGUAGUAAUGAAGAAGGAGUUUGAAUGGAACAAAGUGAGUAUUGACAUGUCAGCUGCCUUCAAUACCAUCCGCAGAGGUACAACAAUCAGACUACUAGAAGCUGCAGGAUGCUCCAGAGACGACCUGAGGCUUGUACAAUACCUCAUGGCUAACACCACUCUAGUAGUCAGAGUGUGUUCUACUGACUCAGAGAUGUUCUCUUUCAACAUAGGAGCCUCCCAAGGAGACAGCACAGCUGGUAAAUUGUUUACCCUCAAUCUAGCUGGAGCUGUAGUGCACAUAAGAGCAGUCCUCCCCUCAAGACCCAACCCUCCGAUAGCCGAUAACCACAUGCCUCUUAAGUCCGGCUAUUCAGACGAUGUAAAGAAGAUUGGUGAAGAUAUGGAGGAGUUACAAGAUAUCUUUCAGAUCUCCAAGAAUAUUCUCAGUGAAUGGAGUCUCUUUGUCAAUGACACAAAGACAAAGUUUACCAGAGUGUAUUUAGAAGAAGUUGGUGCCUGCGACGAGUGGGAUAAUGAGCUAAGAGGAAAAGAGGAGUGGAGAAACGAGACGCUUCUUGGUACUAAGCUUGGAUCAGAGCAGGAUGUUACUAAUAGAAUAAAUAAAGCUAACACCGCCUUCUGGUCAUUUGACAAGCUGUGGUGCCAGGGAUCAGAGAGGAGUCAGAUAACUGAAAAGAGAAAGAUCAAACUCUACGACUCACUAGUAGUAUCAGUGCUCCUGUACAACUGCUGCUGCUGGGCCGCUUUCGGAGAUGACAAAGAUUUACAUGACGGUAACAGCAACUCGGGACGAUUUGUCACUGUUGUCAACGACUUCUCGGGCAGAAAAGCGGACGGACUUCGCAGAUUCGCUCCCAAAGCGAGCAAAAUAAAUCGAAAGAAGUUUCCCGAAAGGAAACUAAAUUAUGGUUUCGGAUCAGACUCUGAUUUCGAGAAUGAUGUAUGA